AUGAUGUCCCACAUGUCCAGUCUGCAAAUGGAACCUUCCUUUACAGAUGAUAUGGAUGCCUGGAUUCUUGGGAGUGGUAUUGCCUCGCUCACAGCGGCGGUACACCUAAUCAAAGAGGCUAAAAUCCCACCCUCACGAAUUCACAUAAUUGAAACGCUAGAGAAAGCUGGCGGAGGGUCAGCGAGCACGGGAGAUCCGGUCAAUGGGUACGACUAUCGUGCCGGCGCAAUGCCGGCUUUCAAUAACAUUUACGUGGAGAAACUCCUCUCCAUUGUGCCUUCAAAGUCAGAUCCGAAGAAGACAACGCUGGACGAUAUUUGCGAGUUUAGACGCUCAAGGCCACCCCAUAAAAGCCCGAAUACGCGAAUCCUCUCACGAAAGACCUCCGGAUUGGCACGGAUUAGCCCGAAUCAAAUGGGAGUAGGAUUGAGAGACCGCAUAGCUUUGUAUAUGCUAUCCUCAAAGACAGAGAAGGGCCUAGGACGAUCUCGCAUUCAAGAUCACUUCCACUCGAGCUUUUUCCGAAGCAGUCAUUGGUUAACACUGGCUACUACUUUCGGUUUCGAACCCAGACAUAGCGCCGCUGAGUUCCGUCGAUAUGUACAUUGGUUCAAAAACGGCAAGCACGAAUUGAACCACCUACGCCCGCUCGACAACGGGCAAUAUAACCGCCACGAAUCUAUCAUAGUACCUGUCGCAAAUUUUCUUCAAUCCCGCGGAGUCGACUUCCGCUUCGGUACCACCGUUACUGAUGUUAUCCUUGAACCCGAAACCCACCGGCGUGUUUCCUCUAUUCACGCAGUCGAAGGCAACAGCCCGGAGAUAACCAUCGAUGUCGGACCCAACGAUAUUGUGAUUGUGUCCUUGGGUUCAGUGAUAUCAGGGGCAACAAGCGGAACAAAUACCACACCACCGUCGCUCGAAACCAUGCGUCCCGACGAAGAGUUGGAUGAAAAUUGGCUAUUGUGGCUGGAGUUAUCGACAAAAGAUCCAAAGUUUGGAAAUGCAUACAACUUCUGCACACGGAUGUGUGAAUCUAGGCAGGAAUCAUUCACCGUGACACUCAAGAGCCCAGAGUUCUUCAACCGCUUCACCGAGUUGACGGGCGACGCCCCAGGGUCCGGGGUUUUUGUUACCCUGAAAGACAGCAAUUGGUUACUCAGCCUCAAGAUCCCAGAACAACCUAUGUUUCCUGGUCAGCCGUCGGACGUUCAAGUGUUCUGGGGCUAUGCAGCGUUCCCAGAACGCAAAGGAGACUUCGUCCAGAAACCCAUGCUCGAGUGUUCGGGUAGGGAAAUCAUGACUGAGAUUCUGUACAAUCUGCAAUUACCGCUGGAACCAAUCCUCGAUGAUUCGAUCACCAUCCCUUGUGUGGUGCCACGCAUGGCAGCACCUUUUUUGCCAAGAGAAUGUUCUGAUCGGCCACCGGUUAUUCCUGAAGGAAUGACCAAUAUGGCGCUAAUUGGGCAGUUUGUGGACAUCCCAGAUGAGAUUGUCGGUACCAUGGAUUAUUAUGUGAGAGGAGCGCAGAUAGCAGUGCGUCAGUUGAUGGGGCUGGAUCAAGACACGCUUCUCAGGGAUGAUUUCUGUAACUGA